UUCAAAAGUCGAUAGGUUUCUCCGGUACUACUACCCAGAAUUCCCCAACAUACUUCCUUUUAAAAUUCGCCAUAAUGGGGCCUAAACCAAAGACCAAGACCCCUGCUGCAGGCAAAACUCCCAAAAAAGAAGGAAAAGCUAAAGUUGAGAAAAAGGAUAAAAAGAAUAAUCCUAUGCGAGAACUGAAAAUUGCCAAAUUAUGUCUGAAUAUUUGUGUUGGUGAAUCUGGAGAUAGGCUGACCCGAGCUGGUAAAGUGCUUGAAGCCCUUACAGGACAAACCCCCGUCUUUGCUAAAGCUCGAUACACAAUCCGUGCUUUUGGAAUCCGACGUAAUGAAAAAAUUGCUGUUCAUGCCACAGUACGAGGCCCUAAAGCUGAAGAAAUCUUAGAACGAGGAUUAAAGGUUAUUGAAUAUGAAUUAAAAGGCGGAAAUUUCUCUGACUCCGGACACUUUGGUUUUGGUAUUCAGGAACAUAUUGAUUUAGGAAUUAAGUAUGAUCCUAGCAUCGGUAUCUAUGGUAUGCAUUUCUACAUUGUUCUCGGACGGGCAGGAUACAAUGUGUCCAAGAGACGACGAUGUAAAAAUAGAAUAGGUAUCAAACACAGAAUAACUAAAGAUGAAGCCAUGAAAUGGUUUCAACAGAAGUAUGAUGGUAUUAUUCUACCUGGUAAAUAAACUUCAAUCCUGCAAAAUAAAAAAAAAUAAAAAAACCCUAAAA